AUGGCACAAACUGAACAAGAAUUAUUAUCAUCAAUAACAAAUCAUGAUGAAUAUAAUUCAUUAUCAUCAACAAUGAUGUUAGCAAAAAAACGACGACAAUAUUAUCUUCGACCAAUGAAAUUAUUUAUUAUAUCAUCUAUUGGCGCUGAAUUAUUAUUUUUAUUAAUAGGUAUUUCUUUUUUUUCUGGUUUUAAAGAUAUUUUUUAUAAAAUACUUUGGACAUUAUUUUUUUGUGGUAUUGGAAUGGGUUCAAUAAUGGGAACAUUAAUAAAUAUAUUUAUUACUGAUCGAUAUUUUAAUUAUAAAGCAAUAUUUGGUUCAUUGAUAUUAGGUCUUAUUGUUUUUGGUACAUGUAAUAUAUUAUGUUUUCGAUUAGAUCAUCAUUUUGAUUAUUUUGGUGCAAUAAAAUAUCCGAUAUUUUUUCUUUCAAAAGGUUUUCUUGCUGGAAUAUUAGGAAGUUUACUAAAUGGUUAUUUAUUAUUUAGUGCCAAUGGACAAAAACUUUUAAUUAAAAUGGGAUUUUAA